GAGAGAGAGAGGGGAGAAACAGAGAGAGAGAGAGAGAAAAAAAGAGAGAGAGAGAGAGAGAGAGAGCAACAAAGUGGAAAAGGAAAACAACAGCCAUCAAUCUGCCUGAGUCUCAUAUUGUUGGAUAUUCUUUGACGAAGCCUAUUUUUUCGUAUAAUAAUUAUUUUCAACUGUAUUUAUUGUCGAAGCUGUCGGUUAUUGGAUUUCUUUAGGGACUUUUCAGUGCACCUCAGUCGAUUAUAUUCGAGCCGGUAUAGGCUACAUCUAGAUAAUCCCCUUUACCACAUGAACACCCGUCAUUUUCAUGUCUUAACAUUUUUCGGGGAACAGUUUUGUCCUGUGCAAGAGGAGAGACACAUCUAUGCGAUGACAGUUUACCACAAAUAAACGGACAACAUCGUUUUUAAUGCCAAAUAAGAAGCUGCACAGAUUGGUCUAAAUUUGUAAAAAAAAAAAAAAAUUGAGAGUUGAUAACAUUUUCUUAAAGGGCCAAUUGCAUAUUUAAAGAUGUUGAACUGGACAUGAUGUAUUGGAGGACAUGAUUUUUAUUUUCCCCAUGGGACCUUUGAUGGAUAAGAGGAGUGGAAUCAUUUCAGCAGUCUUUUCAACUUUUGGUUUUCUUAUUUUAUUUUCACCCGUCGCCUCAUUGUUGAAUAUAAUCUGACGGCCUGUCAAUCAUUUGUGGAUUGAUUGGAGCAAAGAAGUUGUUUCACUUCGGGAAUCCACGGCCGUUCAUUGAUGUCUAGGCCACUCACCCAGCUUUUACCACCGGACCUUCUGGCCGGGGCCAGCCCGCAGUUUGGGACUGGUAACCCAGGGGGCACGGCUUCCACUGGUGGGCACUUGAACUCAAUGGCCAGCCUCAAAUCGCUGCUGCAGAUCCCAAUCAAAGCUGACCAGCGAGGAAAAGACUCUUGCGAAAUGAAAGACAAAGAUAAACCCCAGGACUCCACAGAGGAACCGGUGACCGGCGGCCCUGGCAUGCCCGGGGGCCCCGGUUCCCUACGCAACUCCUCCCAGUCAGCGUUCUUGGGGCCCCUCCUGUGGGAGCGCACCCUUCCCUGUGACGGGGGCCUGUUCCAGCUGCAGUACAUGGACCUGGAGGAGUUCCUGACGGAGAACGGCAUGGGGAUGCACCCCACGGGCCCCAGCAGCGCCAGCGCCCAGAUCCCCUCCCAGAGCUCCCAGUCAGCCGUACCCAAACAGAGCUCCCAGUGCCCACCAUCCUCCCCGCCUCCCUGCUCCUCCUCCUCCUCUUCAAUCUCCUCUUCAUCUUCCUCCUCCUCACUGCUGGGCCUGGAAAAUGUGCCGCAGCCGCCACCGCCGCAGCAACAGCAAAGCAUGAUGGGAGGUCCCGAGUGCCUACAGGGCGGACAGGCAGCUCCCCCAGACCCCUCAGCCAACUCCACCGGCCCCCCCGGGCCCCCUGCCCCCCCUGCCCCCCCUGCCACCAACGGAAAUGAUGUCAUGGUGAACUUUGACCCCGACCCAGCGGAUGUGGCGCUGUCCAGCGUCCCUGGCCAGGAGGCCUUCGACCCUCGGAGGCACCGCUUCACCGACGAGGAGCUCAAGCCCCAGCCCAUGAUCAAGAAGGCCCGCAAGAUGCUGGUGCCCGAUGAGCAGAAGGACGACAAGUACUGGAGCCGCCGCUAUAAGAACAACGAGGCGGCCAAGCGCUCCCGAGACGCGCGGCGCCUGAAGGAGAACCAGAUCUCCGUCCGCGCCGCCUUCCUGGAGAGGGAGAACGCAGCGCUCAGGCAGGAAGUGGCCGACAUGAGGAAGGAGUUGGGCCGCUGUCGCAACAUCCUCAACAAGUACGAGAGCCGGCACGGAGACUUGUGAGGAGGAGGAGCCAAGAGAGGGAGGGCGAGGUGGUAGAGGAGAAGGAGGAGUGAAAGAAGGAGGGCUGGGGGGUACAGGGCAAACCCGACAUUGGUAGCACUUUAGCUGAAGCGGCGUGGUGUACGGCCUACGUAGGGGGGGCCUAAGCAUUGGAUGACAUCUGAUGUAAAAGCCCAUUUUAUGGAGAGCUCACUGGCACUUUUUUCAGACCACCGUAGCACUUCUUGGGCUUGCUCAUGGACUGCCUCUGUCACACCUGGGGCCCCUGCUGCGGGGGGAUGGAGAGCACUUACAUCAGGUGGUACACAGCAGGUCGUACGCCCGAGGCAAUUCAGACGAGGUGUUCAAAUCACACAUGGCAGUGAAAUCAUUGUUUUGAAGCUAAAGACUAGGAGACAAGCCAGAGGUGGACAGAGGUGGAAUUUUUCUAUGACAAAACAUGUAUAUUUUUGAACUGGUCAGACAGCAUAGCAAGAAGGAGUGAAUGGGAAGAAAGAGGAAGAAGAGGAGGAGGAAGGUUUGAGAUGAGAGAGCAAAAGGAUUUUGACAUAGGAUAUCUGUAUAUUUUUAUAUUUGCAAAGAGAGGCAAGAGAAUUGAUUUUGGAAAUAAUCUUUUGUAUAUUUUAUAUAGGGGUGGGUGGGCAGGGGGGUGAUUUAACUGAGUGAUGGGGUAUCCAUGAAGCUGUUUUAAACAGGAUUAUUGCAAAAUGAUAUAUUUUCAACUUAGAAACAGUUGAGAAAGAGGGAAGUGGUAAAACAGAAUGUAUAAUGGUUGUAUCCAGGUUUUAGAAAAUGGCAGAGGCUUAGGAUCUUAGUAACUAUUGUUGAUAUAAUGAGAAAAAGAUUUAAUUAAAAUUGUAUAGUUUAGAGUUUUUGUUUUGUUGUGAGUUCAUUCAAGCACUUAAUUUGUUACUUUCUCUUUGAUUCCUUUUUUGAAUUAAAUAUUUGUGCGUUUUCUUGGGGAGGGUGAUAGAGAGAAAAAGAGAAAUAAAGAAAGAGAGGGUAAGGGAGAAACAAGGACUGUGAGGUGAUUCAUCUCAUGAACAGCUGCAUCAGAACAGAUGUUGUUGAAUAAAUAUGGAAGGCAUUCAUUAGACGGGUAGAUGUGUGGCACACACACAAACACACUCAUACGCGCACAAAUUAACGCACUGAAAAACAUGCCACGGAUUUAAUUGGAAAGACCUUUGACCACAUUUGCAAAUUGACAUGAUCUGCAAAGACGUGCGCAGACACACACAAACACGCAAACGCUGUUACUGUUAGACACACAAUAUUUCAUAAUGAGCCCAUACUGCUCUGUAUCUCUCUGUUCUUCUCUCUACACCAAACCGAUGGGAUUCUGGAACCAGAUGAAACUGGUUCAGAGUUGACGGCCCAGGUGAACUUGGCAGUGGUCAGCAUGUCCGCGUGCUUGUAUGCAGAACAUGAGCAUGCCUCAUCACCAGUUUGAAUACUAUGAUUCUUAUGAUGAUUCUUAUUAUGAUUCUUAUUAUUAUCUCUAUUGUUCUGAUUCUGAAAUGACUACAUGGUGCUGACCCAGUUUAUCCCCUUAACCCCCACACACAACCCAACACAGAACUCAACUGCCUAGAUAUUUUUCUCUCGUUCGUUUGUUCUUUUAUUCUUCUUUAACGUAUCGUACUUGUAAGAGGAAUCGUUGGUAGAUCAUCCCACGCAAGCGCGUGUCCUCAAACUUUACCCCUACAACAGGCCAUGCUGCCCUAACACUGUACCAUACAAUUGUACUAUUGAAUAUUAAAACUAUUCUCUCACUAGCUGUAUGUGUGUAUAUGAUAUAUGCUUGAACAUGUGAAAAUAGAUGUAAUAAACAUAACUUGAAUAUAUAAAUGUAGUUUAUAGGAAACAGAUUGGAAGUAUUGUCAAUUUCUCAGGUGUCUGGGAUAUAAAAAAAAACACAAAAAAAAGUUCUUACUAUUGAUUGCGGAAGUUGUGAUUUCUUUUUUUCCGGGAGAGGGGUUUGUCCUGACAGCUUUGCGAGUAGGCCUGUUUUGGCAGCACCGUUGUGUAUCUUGCUGCCGAGUCAUACUGUGUACUACCAGCUAACAUGGGAGUAAAGGUCUAUCAAAACCAGUUCAGAUUUGUAAACAGUUUAUUUAGAUUGGAGUUAAAUGUAAUUUUUUCAUUCUUGUUAAUAUUUCCAGUUAUGAUUGCUAGUAUUAUCAUUGUUGUUCUUGUUGGUGCUGUUGUUGUUGUUAUUAUUAUAUUAAUUUCCAGUGUUUAUCGCAAUAACUUUUCUGGGGGAAUAUGAUUCUAUUUUCCUCUCCUGAGGUUCCAAGACCAUAUUUACUCUUUUUCCUAUGAGCCUGUUCACUCGAAGCACCAUCCACUGAGACUGUACAAAGCCCCAGAUGCAUUGUAGGGACUGUAGUCACAUCCUUGUGUGUUGGCGUUUGAUAAAACAGACUUUGGACUUUUAUUCCCUGGAUGAAUUUGAACUACACAUCCCAGAGGCACAAGUCUUAUUCUCCAUCUGUUGGUGGACAAAUAAGCAGUUUUUUUUAUAUCUGGGAAAUUUCCUGAGGCUUAUAAACUUUUAGCAGUGCUAUUUUUCUAUGUACCUGCGUGAGCAUACUACAACUUUUGUGGGCAUUUGUAGCCCAUUGUCAUAGUGAUGGUAUGCUACUUUAACGGCAUUGCGGGUAUCGAAUACAGCCUUCCCCCUCUUCUCCAGUUCUGGAUUAAUAUACUCAACUCCCUGUCGUGAUGACUGUUAUAAACUACAAACCCCAAGAGAGCACCGCUACCCAACUGCACCAGUAUGUCUAUUCCUAUACACAGGGCUGCUGGGAAAUGUGGUCUUUUUUUCUCCAAAACAUGAAUAAAGGCUUAUCCUUACUCACCGA